AUGGCCGCGUCGGACCAGCCAAAGAAGCACAAGGCUGGCCCUAAGAAGCUUCACAACAGCCACCAACAAAAACGCAAUAACAAUAAACCCCCCUCCCGCGCCGACGUCGACCUUAACGGUGACUCCAGCCCUGCCAGCACGGUGCCUAGUAGUCCAGCCAGCAUCGAGAGCGACCAUCACCACUCCCGGUCCUUCUCGCUCAGCGGAGCCUUUGCUCGACACCUACCAUGGCGGCAUAACCACCACCAUACCAAGGAGAGGAACCUGACCCCAGACAGCAGUCUUGGCCAAACAUACGCGAGCCACAGCGCUAGCAGCCUGCGUGUUCAUCAUGGGAGGAGACUGUCGAAGAGCUCGAGGAGGUUGUCGACUGGUUCGCAGUUUGAGUCGGCUGUAUCCACCUUGAGCAGGAGCCAGGGCCACAGUCGGCAGCCAUCGAAUGCGUCGGAGGAGCAGCAUCAGCAGUAUUUGUUGCAACAACAACAACAACAACAACAACAGCAGCAGCAGCAUCUCCAACCGCAUCAUCAUGCUAGACCGUCGCUCUCAGCGUCGGAUACCCUCAGCUGGUUGACAACCGGAUCGUCGGUGUCAUCGUCCUCCUCGUCUGGCCCAAUCGACUGGAAGUCCCAGUUUGUGGAGGGCAUCGCCCCGCUAGAACCCGAUUCGUCUGCCCUGCUGAAGUCAGCCAAGGUCCCAUAUGUAGUCGUCACACCCGAGUACAUCGUCAAACUCAAAUCCCGCGCCGAUGCCGUGGCAUUAUUCCCGUCCCUCGAAGCAGCAGCAGCCGCCGCGGCCGGGUCUGCAGGGACCGUCCAAAAGCGUGACAGCGGCGGCCAUACCCCAGAGCCAAUGCUGGUCAUCCCCAUGUCUUCCAUUGUGGCGGUUAUGGUCGCCGAGAGCACCCGGGCAACCUACGGGUUUGAGGUGUGGUGGAGGAGCCCACUUGUCGGCAGUCAGGCGUUUAUGAGGUCAGACUUUUUUUUCAGUCAGCCGAACGAUUGGAGCGAGACGAUGGGGUGUAUUGUAAGGGUUAUGAGGAAUCCAAUGCCGAAUUUAGCUCUUGGUCCUCAGCAGCAGCAGCAGCAGCAGCAGCAGCAGCAGCAGCAGCAGCCAGAAGUUAUGCUGGACUCCCGUCCAUGGCAGGAUAUUGAGCCUUUACUCCUCGUCCGGGUUCAUGAGGUUGAGGAACCGAGGUUUGCUCAUCAGAAACCGGAGAUUUUUCCUGUUGUGCCUCGCGGUCGUACCCGGCGGGAGCUGUUACCGAAGAGCGCCCAGGAGGAGGCGACCCGGAAGCCCCAGGAGUGCCCGGCCUUCUAUCUCGUCGUGGGUACGUAUUUGUGUCAUCUCGUUGAGGUACAGAGGCCGUCCGCAAAGCAGCAACAGCAGGGAGGAAGUGUCAUGUCCGGCGACGGGGCUGUGAUGGGCGGCGAACCGGUCGUUCAGUACCGUACUUAUGGGUUAUUAACGCUCGAGAAAUUCAUCGGCGAGUGGGCCGCCCACGAAGAACGCUUCGUCCUCACCUUCCGCUUACCCUUCCAGCCUCCCGUGACCCUCGAACUUGCGAGCCGACAGCACAGGCAGAUUGUACGUGCCUUGGGCACCGCCGACCGCUUCCUCAAGCCCGGCUGGCCGCAAUUAUGGCAGACGAUGGAAAUCUUCCACGUUAACGGCCUGCGCGACUGGCCACAGUACCUUGUCGCGCGGGACGACUUUGGGUGUUUUCGCCGCACGCUGGAGGCGUAUUUGGCGGCGUACAGGUGUCCGCCGGUCAGGUGGACGAUUAAUUGGAAGUCUAGGUUCGCGCCGGAGUUUAGGCUGUUGCCGCCGAAUAGACGGGCCGGGGAGACGUACUCGGCUUUGCAGAUGUUGGCUGUGUUUAGGGCGCUGAGGUAUAAUGAUUAUUUUAAUGCUUUGUCGUUUCGGGAUGUCGAGUUGGAGGUGCUGAGGGGCGUCGUGGAUAAGCAUGGUGGUUCGGGGAGUGUGGCUUAUCUUAACAGGACUUGCGUCUCUCUGAGCCGUGAGGAGGCUGAAGUGCUCCGGAGCAGCCCCGUGCUGCAUCAGGAGUUCCAUGCCCUCGCCUACUGCUCGUCGACGAUCCGCCAGAUCGACUUCACGAAUUGCACUCGUCCAGUGUCUUCCCAUGCCGGACACUCGCAGAACGGGCGCAGUCUUGAGUUCCUGGCCCCGAUUUUGAAUCUGCUGAGGUCGGGUGCUACCCGCUGCAACCGACUGCUGCUCAGGGGCAAUGCUCUGUCGCGGGCGGAUAUUGAAGACUUAGCCGAAACAAUGACUUCCGGCGCCAUCCAAGCCCUCGACGUCUCCUCCUGCGGCCUGUCCGACUCCGACCUUCGCACAAUGAUCGUCACCCCACUCACCAGCCGGGCCCCCUUCCUCGAGGCGCUCUCCAUCGCCGGAAACCCCGGUCGUCUGCCUGCCCACGUCCUCUCCGAGCUGCUGCCUUACUUGACCGAGAUGCGCGAGCUCAACCUAGCCGGCAGCCUCCGCGGCGACAGCACCGGUGCUCCUUUGCUGCCCCCGGACAAUGUCGCGACUCUGGACGCCCUCCAAGACCUCGAUCUCUCAGGCUACCACGUCGACGAAGCCACUCUCUCCUCCCUCGAGCGCUUCCUGCACCAUCGACACAACGCUCCACUGACUAACGGCCGGCCCCCGGCUCGCCUACGCCGCCUGGCCCUCAACCACUGCGGCAUCACAGGCUACCAGGCCGCGCGUUUAUUCCAAGCCAUCGGGCCGAACCCGACAUCGAUCAUCCUCUGCCUUAGUAACAACCCGCUUGACUACGGCCUGUCAGAUCUAACCUCCUUAAUCCACGCUGACCCUACCGUUGGCCCUGCCGGGUUGUAUCUGGAUAUGCUCGAUUUCCGCGAUGAGCGGUCCUACCUCUCUCUCUUGCACGCUCUGACUUCCUCACAGAAGUUGGUUCUACUGAGUCUGGCGGGCACCGCACCCCCUUCAGUGCGAGGCGGCACUGCCAGCGGGGAGCUCGUCUCCGCCCUGCACGGCUUAUUUGCGGACAACACCUCCCUCCGCUACCUCGACCUGUCUGGUUUCAGGGGCCGGCUGGAUGACGGGCAGUUACCUGCUGGCUUUGGGAAGGCCUUGGCGGGGCUGGCGAACAACUCCUCGCUGACACACCUCCGCCUGAGGAAUCAAAACCUCACGUCUGACGAUGCCGGAACAUUAGGUCGUGCGCUCGCUCAGAACUGUGCCCUCCGCGCGCUGGACGUGAGGGGGUGUGCCGCCACCGGGGGCGGGUUCUUGUCCCUGUCGACAGUGAGGUUCUUGGUUGAUUCCCUCAGGCAGAACAGCACCCUCGUCUCGCUGCCCCUGCCUUACAACGAAAGGGAGGCGGUGUGGAGGGGGAUUGUGAGAAGCAUGCAGAGGGGGAGCACACUCUUUUCCGGGGCAUCUGCGGCAGCUAUGAUGGCGGCGAUGGCUGGGGAGGGGAAUCAUGGAGAUCUGGAAGGGGUGGCAGCAGGUCUCUCACAUGCGCAGAGCGAGCAGGAAUCGCUUCUGCGGGCGUUGCUGGAUGCGCAGUUUGCGAGGUUGGAUCAGAGGUUGAGGGAGAAUAGGGACAUUAUGGCUAUGAUGGGGCAGGAUUUGGCCGCUCCCGGGGAUGCAGAGUUCCGGGGGCCGAGGCAUAGGCCGACGGGGAGUGUGGGCAGCGCGGAUCUGGCGUUCCCUAGCUCGUCGUUCUCGACCGGCGCCGGGGGCAGUGGUGUGAUGGAGGAGGGCGAUGAUGAGGAAGGGUUUGCGUUCCCGACUGAUUUGGCGGCUAUUGUGGGGGUGCCGCAGGUUCAGGUACUACAGCCGCAGCAGGAAGAACAGCAGCAGCCAGCUUUGGUAGCGCCUCCUGUGCUGGAGGUUGAUGUGAAGGAGACGACGGUGAGGGUCGAGAUUGACGAGGAUAAGUCGUUUGAAGAGAUGAUGAAUGAGUUCAAGGCUGUUGGGUUUGGGUCGUGA